AGUCCUCCAAGGCCGUCGCCGCUGCCGCCUGGGAGCGUUCUAGCUGGGCGGGUCUGGCCCCCGAGGUUGCUCCUCGACCCUGCAAGACCCCUGCCGCGUCAGAGACGCGGUUUUUGGCUGUCGCGGUUGACUAGGACGUCCGAGGUGCCUCCCCGCGGGCCGCCGUUGCCGCCGCCACUGCUGGGCCCCGGGACCGCCGCCUCCCUGUGCGCGCGGGGCCGGCAUGGAGCUCUUCCAAGCCAAGGACCACUACAUCCUGCAGCACGGCGAGCGCGCGCUGUGGUGCAGCCGCCGCGACGGUGGCCUGCAGCUCCGACCCGCUACGGAUCUACUUCUUGCCUGGAAUCCCAUUUGUUUGGGGUUGGUAGAAGGUGUGAUUGGGAAAAUUCAACUUCAUUCAGAUCUUCCAUGGUGGCUUAUUCUUAUUCGGCAGAAAGCAGUGGUGGGCAAACUCCCAGGAGACCAUGAAGUCUGUAAAGUUACCAAAAUUGCUGUACUAUCACUUUCUGAAAUGGAACCUCAGGAUCUUGAGCUGGAGCUCUGUAAGAAGCAUCAUUUUGGGAUUAACAAACCAGAGAAGAUUAUACCAUCUCCUGAUGACUCAAAGUUUCUACUGAAGACCUUUACACAUAUUAAAUCCAAUGUAUCUGCUCCUAACAAAAAGAAAGUUAAGGAAAGUAAAGAAAAGGAGAGACUGGAGAGGAGAUUGCUUGAGGAAUUGCUGAAGAUGUUCAUGGAUUCGGAAUCCUUUUACUACAGUUUGACCUAUGACCUGACCAACUCCGUGCAGAGGCAGAGUGCUGGGGAGGGGGAUGGCCGCCCCCUCUGGCAGAAGGUUGAUGACCGAUUUUUUUGGAAUAAACAUAUGAUACAAGAUCUUACUCAGAUUGGUAUGCCGGAUGUGGACUUCUGGAUUGUCCCCAUCAUCCAGGGCUUUGUGCAGAUAGAAGAACUUGUGGUUAAUUAUAAUGAGUCAUCUGAUGAUGAGAAAAGCAGCCCAGAGACCCCCCCUCAGGAGUCCACCUGUGUAGAUGAUGUACACCCACGAUUUCUUGUGGCUCUCAUUUCUCGACGGAGUAGGCACAGAGCAGGGAUGCGCUAUAAACGAAGAGGAGUGGACAAAAAUGGAAAUGUUGCAAAUUAUGUAGAGACUGAGCAAUUAAUUCAUGUUCACAAUCAUACCCUGUCAUUUAUUCAAACACGAGGGUCUGUGCCUGUCUUUUGGAGCCAGGUUGGGUAUCGCUAUAAUCCAAGACCUCGACUGGACAAAAGUGAAAAGGAAACUGUUGCCUAUUUCUGUGCCCAUUUCGAAGAACAACUGAAAAUUUACAAAAAACAGGUUAUUAUUAACUUGGUAGACCAAGCAGGAAGAGAGAAGAUUAUUGGUGAUGCUUAUCUGAAGCAAGUGCUGCUUUUUAACAACUCACACCUCACUUACGUGUCCUUUGACUUCCAUGAGCACUGCCGAGGAAUGAAAUUUGAGAACGUUCAAACCCUAACAGAUGCCAUUUAUGACAUUAUUCUUGACAUGAAGUGGUGUUGGGUUGAUCAAGCUGGGGUGAUAUGUAAACAAGAAGGAAUUUUUCGAGUUAAUUGCAUGGACUGCCUGGAUCGUACCAACGUGGUCCAAGCUGCCAUUGCACGAGUGGUCAUGGAGCAGCAGCUGAAAAAAUUAGGUGUGAUGCCCCCGGAACAGCCACUCCCUGUGAAAUGCAAUCGGAUUUACCAGAUAAUGUGGGCUAACAAUGGUGACUCCAUCAGCAGACAGUACGCUGGCACAGCUGCUUUGAAGGGUGACUUUACAAGAACAGGAGAAAGGAAGUUAGCAGGAGUUAUGAAAGAUGGAGUUAACUCAGCAAACAGGUAUUACCUCAAUCGGUUUAAGGAUGCUUACAGGCAAGCUGUUAUAGAUUUGAUGCAAGGCAUUCCAGUGACAGAAGAUCUUUAUUCCAUAUUUACCAAGGAGAAAGAGCACGAAGCUUUGCAUAAAGAAAAUCAGAGAAGCCACCAGGAGCUAAUUAGUCAGCUCUUACAAAGUUACAUGAAGUUACUGCUGCCUGAUGAUGAGAAGUUCCAUGGGGGCUGGGCCCUCAUCGACUGUGACCCCAGCCUCAUUGACGCUACUCACAGAGAUGUGGAUGUGCUCUUGCUGCUUUCUAACUCUGCCUACUACGUGGCCUAUUAUGAUGAUGAAGUUGAUAAAGUAAACCAGUACCAACGACUAAGUCUAGAAGACCUGGAAAAAAUAGAAAUAGGUCCUGAACCCACUCUCUUUGGUAAACCAAAGUUCUCCUGCAUGCGACUGCACUACAGACAUAAGGAGGCAAGCGGUUAUUUCCACACACUGAGAGCGGUAAUGCGCAAUCCAGAAGAAGAUGGAAAAGAUACCCUUCAGUGCAUCGCAGAGAUGUUGCAGAUUACCAAGCAAGCCAUGGGAUUGGAUGUACCAAUAAUUGAGAAAAAACUUGAGAGGAAGAGCAGUAAAGCUCAUGAAGACAUCAUUGGUAUCAGAUCUCAAAAUCAAGGCUCGUUGGCCCAAGGGAAAAAAUUUUUAAUGAGCAAAUUUUCAUCUCUAAAUCAAAAAGUGAAGCAGACCAAAUCCAAUGUAAAUAUUGGUAACCUACGAAAGUUAGGCAACUUUACUAAACCUGAAAUGAAAGUUAACUUUCUAAAACCAAACUUAAAAGUCAAUCUUUGGAAGUCAGACAGUAGUCUUGAGACUAUGGAAAACUCGGGGGUGAUGGAUAAUAAUAAGGUCCAGGCAGAGUCUGAUGGGGACAUUUCUUCAGAAAAUGACUCAUACCACUCUGAUGAAUUCCUUACAAAUUCCAGGUCUGAUGAAGAUAGGCAGCUAGCUAAUUCUUCAGAGAGCUUAGGGCCGGUAGACUAUGUUCUCCCUAGUUGUGGUAUUAUUGCUUCUGCACCUCGGUUGGGUAGUCGAUCCCAGUCUAUUAGCGGCACCGACACUAGUAUUCAUGCUCCUCCAGAGGUCACUGUUGGUUAUGGAAGCGGGCUUGGAAAAGGCCAGGAGUCUCCUUUGAAGAAAAGUCCUUCUGCUGACAACGUGCACUUACUGACUGGCUUUGCCAAGCCUAUGGAUAUUUACUGCCACAGAUUUGUGCAAGAUGCACAAAACAAAAUGAUGGACCUAUCAGAGACCACGUCUGUAUCUCAGCAAGCUAGUGAGGAAGGAAAUCAAAUGACCAGUCAAGUUUCUAAUGAAGAAAACCAUUCAGAAUCAACAGAACAGACACCUUCCCGACCAUCUCAAUUAGAUGUAUCUUUUCCUGCAACAGGCCCACAGUUUUUGUCAGUUGAACCAGCAUACUCAGUUCUCUCUCAAAAGACACCUGGCUCUGGUUCCAGCAUGGUGGAGCUUGAGACAGGGCUGCAUGUAACUCCUUCUCCGUCAGAGAGCAGUAGUAGCAGAGCAGUCUCCCCCUUUGCAAAGAUUCGAAGCUCGAUGGUCCAGGUUGCUAGUAUUACCCAAGCUGGGUUAACCCAUGGGAUAAACUUGGCAGUGGCAAAAGUUCAGAAGAGUCCUGCAGAACCUGAAGUGCUUAAUGAAAUCCAGCAAAAUGAACUUAAAAAUAUGUUUACACAAUGCCAGACACGAAUAAUUCAGAUUUAGGUUUUAGCCACAAAGAACCCUAUGGUUUUCAUUUGAAAAUUCAAAGAGAUUUCACGUUAGGCUAAUUUAACUUGUGCUGUCUACACCUAGAGAUCAAAUUUUUUUGACAGUAUUUUAAAAGGAACCUGAACCUAAGCAGACGUCCAAAUUUCAGAGCUAAGAGUACAAGUCCAUCAUCCUGAGCAGCUUAUACACUACACAGCAGUUUGUUCACUGAAAGGAUUUUAAACUGGUUUUUUGGAGGGGGGAAAAGGGAUGGAAUCAGUGAAGGAGACAGAAAGGUCCAUUUAAGGAAUUGGCAUUUUUCUGUCUUCAUUCCUUUGGAUUACCUCUCAGAAGUGUUAGUACGGAGACGCAUCUGAACAUAGAAAUGUUUAGUUUUGAUGGCUUAAUCAUUCCCUAUGGAGAGUUAAUUGAGGGUCAACACUACAGUCAAAUGGAUUCUCAUUGGAUCCCAAUUUUCCCCAAAUUCUACUUGAACAAACACAUUCUGCCACAUAUACUGCCCCCAAGUCCAGGAGCGCUGACUUGCCUAAGUAAACCUGGUACAUCAUAUGUCAAUGUCACUGAAACAUUAAACUUUGCUGUUUUCAGAACAGAAGAAUAGAUUUAUACUGGCUCCUUCAGAAUGAUAGGAGGAAAUCAAGUUUUGAUAACUUUUUUGGGGAAAAGGAGCAGUUUUAACUUCUUGAGCAGAAUGAAGCAUAACUAUGCUAAAACUGGUUUUAUGAUGAUAAUGGUAACCACAAAGAAUCAGGGCCACCUCUAACCCACGCAGUAAGAGACUUGCAUGGCAUAUACCAGCAGGUAUUGGUUUCUUUGGUGUCUUAAGAGCCUUAGCCUGUUGAAGUGAUUCUCAGCUGAACAUUAUGUCUGUUGUAAGUUUAAUAAGCAUUCCAUUUUAUUAUUUUAAGUGGUAUCCUUUUUUUUGA